AUGGGUUAUGAGAUCUAUUUUGUGAUAUUUUCUUUAUUAAUAAAGGCACUUUGUGUUCCAGGUAUCUUCUGUCAAAAUAUACAACAGCCAGGAUCAGUAAUUGUGAGACCUUCAGAACAGCUUCAGUUGACCUGCACAGUAUCUGGGUUUGAAUUAACCAGCUUUCACAUUGUACACUGGGCUAGACAACUGCCUGGAUCAAAACUGGAGUGGAUUGGAUGUAUAUGGAGUGAUGGUAGCACGUACUAUGCUGAUUCGCUAAAAAACAGAAUUUCAGUCACCAGAGACAGUGCAAAGAAAGAGUUCUACAUAGAAAUCAAUGGAGCAGAAAAUAAAGAUACUGGAAGAUAUUAUUGUACUAGAUACACUGUAACAGAAAAUAACUGA